AUGGCUUCUAAGAAAGCUGGCCCCUCGAAGGCGUGCGCGGGACUCACCGAGCCCAAAGACCUGAGCAAGGAUAACGCCUGGUUCAUGAUCAAUUUGAUCAAGCACACCGAAGCAGCACGCCUGGAUAAAGUACAUAACGUCUCAUUUUCACCGCAGGCUCAGCGGGUUCACACUCUGCACUUGUGGCUUUUAGUUGAAAAUGCUCGCUUUUCAAAUGAUGCUAACCGUUGUCUCGAAUUGCAGAUCGAUUGGGACGCAUUCUAUAAAGACAUGUGCAUCUCGACCAAGGGAGCAGCUCAGAAGCGUUUCGAGCGGCUGAUGAGUUCCUACGGUUUGACCACUGCGUUCAAGCGCAAGCAGGAUCCCUCCGCCGAGGAGCCGUCUGACGGUGGAAGCACAAGCCUUACACCAUCUCCUUCCAAGAAGCGCAAGCGAGCUGCGCAAUCAUCCAAGAUCAUCAAAGAGGACAAGGGGUUCGUGACAAACGACAAGGAAGAGUAA